AUGCGCCUCGACAUGGCCUGCACGAUUCUGAUGCUGGCGCCGUACACCGUCACCGGGGCCGGCGACGCCGACCUCGCCGUGGUGCGCAAUGCGUGCGUGAAUUUUGUCUGCACCAACUCGAGCGUGUAUUCUAUCUAUGGCAACGCGUGCCUCGGGCUCAACAUGUCGCUUCGACGAGACUGCCGGCGGCUCUGCCCAACGUUCGUGUCACUCAAUCGAAACUGCGAUAAGUGGGGGCUCUCAUGCGUCCAAGCGUGCAUGGCUGGCCAGAAGAAGCUCGGCUUCCCCCUCACCACUCCCAUCGACGACUGACAAGUUAAUGCAUAUUCUCUCUUCAAU